AUGGCCUCUUUAGGAGCCAAGUUGCGCUUUCUGGCCACAGCCGGAGUAGGCUUCUUUGCCGAUGGGUAUCUCAACCUCUCCAUCGGUCUUGUCGUCCCAAUCCUCGGAUACCUCUACUUCCCAGGAGGUGCCGUGUCCACUAUCGAUGGCGAUGUGAUCAAAGGUGCCCUCAGCUUGGGCAUGAUCGUGGGCCAAAUAGCAUUUGGCACGUUGGCCGAUACAUGGGGUCGCCAUGUCAUAUAUGGCAAGGAACUGAUGUUGACAUUGUUUGGGACAUUUUUGGUCAUCCUGUUGCCUUGGAAGAACUUCUCAGCCUCUGCCGUUACGACUUGGGUAUCGGUCUUUCGUGUGGUUACGGGUAUAGGCAUUGGAGCCGACUAUCCCCUAUCUUCAUCCUUAGCUGCUGAAAAAAAUCCAUUCGGCACUCGUGCCAAACAGAUCUUGACGGUCUUCUCAAACAUUGGCCUGGGAAGUUUCACAUCAGGCAUUGUCUUGCUCAUUCUGCUCAAAGCCUUUGAAAGCUCUGUUGCAGACAAUCAGAGACAUCUCGAAUGGGUAUGGCGACUGUUGCUGGGUCUUGCUAUCAUUCCUGCGUCCUUGACCUUGUAUGCGCGUCUCACUAUUGGCGAGACCGGGCCAUACAAACAAUUUGUGAUUGAGCGUGAUGGCGAGAAGCGUGGUUUGAAACACCAGUGGCGGGAUUUUCGGGCCUAUUUCAGCGAGUGGAAGCAUGCGAAGGUUCUGAUAGCCACAUCUCUCUCCUGGUUCCUUUACGAUAUUGCAUACUACGGAAUCAACUUCAAUCAGAGUGUAAUCCUGGCCAAGAUCGGCUUCGCCAAGGGCUCAACGCAUUGGGAAACUCUAUACAAAACCGCCGUUGGCAAUAUCAUUGUUCAGUCAGCUGGUUAUCUGCCAGGAUUCUAUGUCGCCAUCUUCCUUCCAGACCUCAUCGGACGCCGUCAACUCCAACUCUAUACUUGUGCGCUCGUCUCCGUGUUCUAUGCCAUCUGGGCUGGCCUCAGCACCCCAUCAGCUCACACCGGUACAGCCGGGUUGAUGGUCAUGUUCACACUCACACAAUUCACAUUGAACAUCGGCCCUAAUGCUACGACAUUCCUCAUUCCUGCUGAAGUCUUUCCCACCCGUGUCCGUGGUACGGCACACGGUAUCUCAGCUGCAGCGGGCAAAUGCGGCGCAGUCUUGACGGCUUUUGCCUUUGGGAGUGUCGAGGAUGCUAUUGGGUUGAGCGGGGUGCUGGGGAUUUUCUCUGGUGUGAUGGCGCUGACUGCGUUGGUAACGUUGUGGAUUCCAGAGACCAAGGGCCGCACUUUGGCAGAGAUUGAGAAUGACGUUUUGUACUCUCCGGGCUCUGCGGAUCAUGAUAGUGGUGCCGAUCAAUCUCCUGUCCCGAGUGCUUACAAAGUCGAUGUGCAGGCUAAAGACCAGGCGGAAGCUGUCUAG